GGGAAGGCGUUUGCAUCUCCGGUGGCUGCCUGUCUCCAUUUGCUCUCUUACAUGUGCAGCAUGAAGUGUAACCUCAAGAAGAAACUCAUACUCUUUUCAUUCAUGUUGCACUUCCUUAUUAAAGUGGAAUGUGAUCAAGUUAACGGUACAACUGGAGGAAAUGUCAACAUUACAUUCACUUUUCAAGAUCCUGAUAAAGGCAGUCUUCCCAAAGGACACAUAUGUCUGCACAAAAAUGAAAACAAGAUUGAAAAUUGUCACAAGAUCGGGGCUAACUCUACCGGUUCGGGAAAAUUUUUGUUUAAUAAUGUGGAUAAUGUGAAUAAUGCCAUUACACUGAGCAUCACAAAUCUCACCAUAGAAGAUAAGGGAAUAUAUCAUGUCGUGUUGCAUAACGAAGGCAAAAGGCCUCUUAUUCCGAGCAAUAAAAUUUAUCUUACAGUCAAACUUGUUAACAAAUCAACAGAAAAUAUGCCCACAUCUGUGAAUGAAACCACAGGAACUGCUCCCUCAGAACCGGAGACAUCAAAAACUAUCUCAAUUUCAGUUUUCUUGACUGCAUCAUUCAUAAUAUGUAUAUGUCUCUUUUUUGUGGGCCUGCUGUUUUGGUUCUAUAGGACCUGCCCCAGAAAAUCAGAUAACCUUCCGGUUCAGAACAACAGCACAACACAACAAGGUGGUUGUGGCACACCCAGAACUUUAUCUGUCAGCUGUGUGGAGUAUGGCGAGUUAGACUUUCAACACAGACCUGAAAGACAUGACAGAGGAAAACCUGCAGAGCUGACAUCAAAGGGCCAGGAUGGAGUGGAAUAUGCUGCUAUCAUUUUCCCUCAGCAAAAACAGACACCAAGUGGGCGGAUGAGAGAUAUACAGCAAGUAGCUGCCAUUAGAUAGUCAAAACCAUAAAACCAUAAAUAUACCAUGCAUUGACCACUAAAACAUUAUAACUUUUUUUUUUCCUCAUUUCCUCAUUUCCUCAUGUACACCUAAUGAACAGUGGCCCCAAAUAAUUUGGAAACUUAAGCCACACUUAACAAUGUAUGAAUGUCCUUGCAUUAUAUACUUAAAAUAUAAAUUUAAAGGAAAGAUAGCACAAGCACAAAAGGAAGUUUUUAGGUUUUAAAUGAUAAGCAAUAUACAGUUCAAAAAAUAAGCUAAAAAGUAUUUAGACACUUUCGGGUUGUCAAACAUUUCUGGAACAUGUCAAUAAUGUGCUGAUCUCUACCUGUGGUUACUCUGCUGGGACACUUACAAACUUGAGGGACUUCAUACAUCCACUAAAAAUCACUGCAACACCACUUGAUUGAAAUUCACUGAGCAAAAAUGACUCAGAAAAGGGAAGUUAAUUAUGAGAAAUGCUCUAGCAUCAUUUGUUUGCAGAUGUCAGUUGAUGGGAUAUUUUGUUUUGAUUAGGGUGUCCAACCAUCCCGUAUUAGCCGGAACACGUCCCAGAAUUGCUGUUGUCCCGUAUUUUAGUGGCGAGACACUCGAUGGAUGUCAAAACGCCCGGUCGGACGGCGAAACAUUUGAGGGUGACCCACAACCUGUAUUGAAGCGCUCAAGCGUCCCAUAUUUGCAUGGCGAAAAAAAUGACAUUCACACAUUUGAAUUGUGACUUAAGUGUCAAAAUACUUUUUUGGGCCACUGUAUUGUACUUUGGGAGUUAUGUUUUAUUUUGUCAUAGUACAGUAGUAAUUAUUCUCAUUAAGUACAGUUAGAAAAGGGUGCUCAUACCAUUUUUUUGAAAACUGCCAAACUGAGUGCGUCUACGUGCACAGUCUUACACCAAUUAUGCUCUGGGACUAAAAACUAAAUGUUUUUCAUUUUGGUUCGAUCCAAGCAGAAACUAUUUUCUCUAUCCAGUUUCUGCAUUCCGCAGCCUCCUUUCCAACAACAUGAUCGCACAGGAAGUUGGCAUGCUGUUUCCGAAAGUUCCGGCGAACUAGGAUUGGCGAGAGUUUGCAAGUCACUGACAUGCGACAUUUCCCACCAGACAUUUUUACAUCGGUUUCAGUGUGUUUACCUUCACGUGGCUCAACAGGCAGUGCAUUGCGUCAUCAGCAUGAGAGAAGUAAUCACGUUCGCUUAAUCAGUGACAAGCGUGAUUCGUAGGUUGCACUUUUCCCCCUAACAUUUCAUUUUUACUCCACUAAUGGUUAGGCUUAGGUUUGGGUUGGGGUGUAGAGUCCAUAAAAUAUGCAUUCCUCUUCACUGUAUUACAUGCUGUACCAGCUUAAUCUCACAGUAAAAUCGGAGUAGGUCGACUUUUCUUUAGCAAAAAUACAGAAUAUACCGAAAUUUGAAACACUGCCCCCAGUGGCCAAAGUGGUUAGUGUUGUAGGGCCGUGUGAGCUCCAUUUAAAUCUAGUUUUAAGUCCCUAAUUAUGCUUAAUAAACAAACAACGUGUGUCAUCAUAUACAUUUCUUAAGCAGAGUUCCUUUAUUGGUGUAAGGUCAUAAACGGUUUAAGCAAAAACCAGUCGCCACAGGUAGAUUUUUGCCAGCUACCCCAAUUUCGCUCAGCAUGUAAACACCUUUACUGACAUUCUUACUGGGACAAGAGUGCAAGUGUUGUGUGCAUAACUGUUUAUUUUUAUAAUAAUAAUAAUAAUGAUGCUUUCAAGUUUAAUGUAAAUCCAGUUUUCUUGCGUUGUCAGAAUUUUUGAAUGAGCUGAUUUUUGGCAUCAGCGUAUUGGUUUGCAUGUAAACGCGCUCACUGUCAGCUGGCUCAAAAUGACUGUAAACAUGUAACACUUAGUAAGGUGCUAACCACAGAAGCCCCCAUGAAGAAACCCGCAGUACUUGAAUAUUGCUGUGUAGUUGCUUUAUUACUGGUGCUUGCUAGGCAAAUGUAUGUUUGGGGGUUUUAGAAACCCCUGCGUAUUAUUUUUCGAUGCAAAACUUGUUGCACACCAUUUGUGCUAUAGACAUGAGUGAUAUUUCAAAAGAUGUGGCUUGUUGAAGAGAUGUGUACUAUUACUUGUAUAAGCAAAAUAUUAUAAUAUAAAAUGAAUUUAAUUUGUCAUUAAUACAUUAAUAAUACAGUAAAUGUUGACAUUAUAAUGUCUUCAACGUCAGAAUAAAAGGACUUUAUUACUUCGUUUAAGAGUCACACAUGAAAACUUCUGUAAAAUUUUACAUUAAUGUUCCUUUUGUUAAGGGUUUAUAAAGGGGGUCAUUAAUGACUAAUAAGUGAUUUACAAAUGCAUUAUAAAUCAUUGAUAUGUGGUUAUAACAACAUGCAUAAAAAGGAUGACUUCCAGCAAUACUUGCCAAAUAGAGAGCCAUUUAACUCACAUGUUAUAAAUGCUUAAUAAAUUAUAAUUAUUUUUUUUUUUUACAUUAAUAACCUAUGAAAAUGCACCUUAAUGUAAAGUGGACACAUAUGAAUGAUUUAUUAACUAGUUGCCAACAUUAGAAAGCUAUGUACAUAAAGUUCAGUAUGGAUUUAAUACUCAUCAGGCUUUAUUAUAUGGUAUAUGCUGUGAAGCAUCAGUAGCAUCAUUCGUUUCACAUCAGCGUGACAAAGAAAGUGAAAGUCAAGACAUUACAGUUAUGAAUAUAAACACAAAGCAGACUGCUGCAAAAUGACAUAAUCUCUCCUUUUAAUCUGACUUAUCUAUUUUUGCUGCAUUGUAAUAUAAAUCAUGAAUUAGGCCAUUUUAUGUUUUUGUUAAGUGUAUUUAUUAAGCAUUUACAAUAUGUAAGUUCAAAUGAUAACUAUUUUGCAAGUAUUGCAUGAAUGUCGCCCUUUUUAUUCAUGAUGUUAUAACUGCAUAGAUGCUUUAUAAUGAAUUUAAAUGAGUUAUUAGUCAUUAGUUAAUGAUUUAUAAACCUUUAACAAAGGGAACAUUAAUGGAAAGUGUUAACAAAAUGUCUUACAUGGAUGUACUGUUUAGAAAAUUAUGUACAGCUAAUAUUCAGCUAACAAAACAAACAAAAAAAACAUACUAGUGGUGCUUGUUAAAGGUGGGCUCAUGAUUUUCCUGGUGGAUAAGAAAACGAUAAAUCCAAUAGACUUAAAUCGAAGGAAGGACCCGAGCCAUAUCUAGGGACCAGAAUAUCAUACAAACUUGGGGGGUAGACUAUUUCUGACUUUGGCCACAGUAGUGACCACCUAGCAACCAUUCAAAACACCAUAGCAACUACAUAGCAAUUCACCAACAACUCUGCGAGUUUUGCACAGGCAAGCACCACUCACACUUUCUUGAGAAAAUGUACAAAAUGUAGUAAUGAGUAUGUUAAUGUCUUGCUAUUUUUUUCCUAUGCGCUACUAUAUUCCUUUGUGUAUACUAACACUAUUAACCCUAAAAUAUAAGUGACAACAUUCAGUUUGUUGUUAUGUAGAUUUUAUAUUUUUAUUACACUCUAUGCACAUUCAGGAGGCUUGAAAUUGUACUUUAAUAAUUGAUGUAAUGAAUAAUGAAUGUUUA